AUGAGUGAAAUGAAACCAUCAGUAUCGAACCAGAAGAGACGGGGCAUUCUCUCAUUCUUUCAGAACACUGGGAAAGUUGACAAGGCUACUACUGUCAAUGCUAUUAGCCAGGAUUCUGCUAUCGAAAUUGAUAUAGAAUCUGAUACUUUAGAACCACUAAACUCUUCAGAACCGGAGGAAGGAGAAAAAGACGAGGAAAUGGACUCUCAAAAAAGUGAUACUGCUACAUUAGAUGCAGCAGAUAGUCAACAAGAAACAGAGAAGACAGGCGGUGCAGAAGACAAUGACUCUGCAUCCACGAUGGCAAACAAGAAAGCAGAGCGAGAACUUAGGAGACAAAAAGAGAAGCAAGCUAAGUCGAAAAGGAAAGAAGAAGAAAGAUUGGAACGUGAAAGGAAGAAGCUUGAAGAGAAGCAGAAGCGUGACAGACAGAAACAAGAGCGCGAGCUUAAGAAACAACAAGAAAAGGAAGAGCGCGAGCGAAAGCGGCUUCAAGAAAAGGAAGACCGUGAGAAGAAAAGGCAGCAGGAGAAAGAAGAACGUGAAAAGAAGAGAUUAGAAGAAAAGGAGAUGAAAGAACAAGAGAGACUAAAGAAAGAGGAAGAACGCCUGAAGAAAGAGGAAGAAAAACGUAAAAAGGAGGAGACUAAAGAGAGAUCUCAGUCCCGAAUCGGGAACUUUUUCAAAAAAGCUACAGUAUCUUCUUCUGAGCAAUCAGUUACAAGUGAUUUCAAGAAGCAUUUCUUACCCUUUUAUAUCAAGUCAGACGUUAUCAUGGCCAAUACUUGGAAAAUGGACCCUCAGAAGCUUAAAGAAAAUGUACCACGUAUAGAUAAACUGAUGAAGACAGAAGACCGCAUAUCAAGCGUAGAGUGGAUGAACUCUUUCAAAUGCCACCACGGUUACGAAAUAAAGCUCACGGCAGUAGAAGUUCUGCAAACCAUGACUUCGAAGAAGAAGACGGACGAAGAAUUAUCAGCGUUACUUAACGAAGUACCACAAAAAUUCAUCAAGUUCUAUGAAAAUGUAAGGCCUCCGUAUGUGGGGACGUAUUCCAAGAAAUUGACAUUACCAAACAAUAAUCCUUUCAGUACUGAGGGAACAGGAUUCGAUUAUGGAUAUGAUUCUGAUCUCGAUUGGGUUAAUGAAGAGGAAGAAGAAGGCGGUGUCGACGAUUUAGAAAAUGAUGAAGAUGAAGAGGAUGAGGAUCAAGAGGAUGAAGAGGGAGGCGACAAUGAAAUGGAUGGCUUCCUAGAUAAAGAUGAAAAUGAAAAUAUGGCACGUAAGAAGUUUGUCGGUCCCUUGAUACCGACAAUAAAACUGCGAAAGGAUACGGAUAAACUCGAUGACGAGUCUAAACAGUAUUUUGCAUUGGUCUCCGUAGAAUGUAUGUUCCAAGAUCAAUGUUUCCCCGUAGAUCCAUAUAAGGCUCCCAACAAGAGACCUGCUGUGGAGGACGGUUCAUUUGAAACAACUUCUUCGAAAAACCCAGCAACUAAGAAAUCCAAAAGUCUAAUCACAGAACCUAAACAUCUUUUGCAGUUGCUGGAACAAGUGCAUGACUGUACAUUUUCGUUGAGCACCGUUGUUGAGAUUAUCCAAAAGCAUCUACCACAGUAUAAGAAGGAUACGAUAAAGAACUCUGUUAAAGAAUAUGCUGCAAAAUCUACCAAGGGAGACCGUAGGUGGGAAGUAAAGGAUAUGAACAAUUGGGAACAUCUAAAGAGCUCUCCGACACCAAGAUUAUCCACUCCAGAGGUACCGACAGCCAAUGACGAAGCGCUACUGACCGGUAUUCCUUUAAGUUAG